AUGCCUUCGAUCCUGCUCUGCUCGUCUGCCAUCGCUCGGGGAUUCGCUUCUUCCCGCGUGAAACGCGCUAAACCUAUUCGUGUAAAGAAGAGUGAGGCACGUCGCAUCAUUCCUGAAGCACCUAAGCCAUCUAAUGCGCUCAUGGAGACACCUCGUCCUCCGCCACCAGCAACUUUAUUUGUGCAGUCUAAACAACAGGCUCCGGAAACAUUUGGCGGUGUUAUGAAGGAGAGUUUCUUGUGGGGAAUGGGCAUGGCCGUCGCAUUCUCGGUUGUUGGCAUCAUUUUCAGUAGGAUGGAAGAGUCAACAGACCUAAGAGAAUUUGAAGAAAGUUUUGUGGUGCCGGCAAACGGUCAACAUAACGAAGACCAAUAA